GAGACACUGGGGCCGUUAGAAGGAUAAAACAACAGAGAGACACUCGAACUGGCGCAGCGACACAUCUGCGAAAUAAACAGUAGCUGGUUCUGUCCGGGGAGAGCCGGACCCAGCGGCCGUGUGUACGCCGACACACAAGCUCAUACAAAGGGCUACAAACAAACAGCAGCUCCGGUCAACACGGAGAGAGCUCGCGGAGCUCCCACGUCUUUCUGUCCAAGUUCCUCUCCCCGCUCCGGCUCAUGUGGACUGAUUCAGAGCUGGGCCAUCACGAUGCCAGUGAACUCUCUGGUCACUCAUUGGCUGACCAACUUAAUACCAGCAGCAUCAUGUCGGUGAACCCUCCGAGCAGCAGCGACGCCUGCCUCAGCAUCGUCCACAGCCUCAUGUGCCACCGGCAGGGCGGAGAGAACGAGGGCUUCGCCAAGCGCGCCAUCGAGAGCCUGGUGAAGAAGCUGAAGGAGAAGAAGGACGAGCUGGACUCGCUCAUCACCGCCAUCACCACCAACGGCGUCCAUCCCAGCAAGUGUGUGACCAUCCAGAGGACACUGGACGGAAGGCUGCAGGUGGCGGGCAGGAAAGGCUUUCCUCAUGUCAUUUAUGCACGGCUGUGGCGCUGGCCCGACCUCCACAAGAACGAACUCAAGCACGUCAAGUUCUGCCAGUACGCCUUUGACCUGAAGUAUGACAACGUGUGUGUCAACCCCUACCAUUACGAGAGGGUUGUGUCUCCCGGCAUCGUUGGUCUCAGCCUUCAAAACACAGCAACACCAGGCGGCCUCAUCAAAGAGGAAUACAUCCAUGAUUGUAUACAGAUGGACCUCCCCCCCGGCAUGCCUCUAUCUGACCACCAAGCGGCCCUGAAGCUGCCUCCUCCGGACCACUAUGGCCAGCCCCUGCCUCCUCGACAGCUGUCCUCUGAGCCCCAUGGACCCCCACCUGUCAGCAGAUACACUAACCUGCCUGUAUCACCCAAAGUGUCUGGCUCCGCCUCCAUGAUGCCACUGCAGGGCGCUCACAGCGACAGCCAUCUCCAAACUGCAUCUCCACAGGCUCAAGUCAUGACCCCGGCUCCACGACCUCCGACUCCAACUCAACCUCCACCUCAGCAACAGGCUGCCCAGCAACCCUCACAGCCCCCCCACUCACAGCAGCCCUCCCUACCUCCUGCUCACUCACAUGGACAGAACGGAUACAGCAGCAAUAAACACUCUCAGAGCCAGGCUGUCUUCCACAGUGAGUUCACACACACAGUUUGGACAGGCAGCAGCACGGCCUCCUACACUCCCAUUGGACCCCAGCAGAAUGGGCGUGGUCACCAACAACCUCCCCUCCAUCAUCCAAACCACCACUGGUCUCAGCAUCAUGGCUCCACCUCUUUCCCUCCUUCUGUGUCCAAUCAUCCAGGACCAGAGUUCUGGUGUUCGAUCUCCUACUUUGAAAUGGACGUUCAGGUGGGCGAGAUGUUCAAGGUGCCCUCCAGCUGCCCCGUGGUGACCGUGGAUGGCUACGUCGACCCGUCAGGAGGCGAUCGCUUCUGCCUCGGCCAGCUCAGUAACGUCCACCGCACAGACGCCAGUGAGAGAGCCAGGUUACACAUAGGUAAAGGUGUGCAGCUGGAGUGUCGUGGUGAAGGUGACGUGUGGAUGCGCUGCAUGAGCGACCACGCUGUGUUUGUACAGAGCUACUACCUGGACAGAGAGGCGGGCCGAGCUCCAGGUGACGCUGUACACAAGAUCUACCCUGGAGCCUACAUCAAGGUGUUUGACCUGCGACAGUGCCACAGACAGAUGCAGCAGCAGGCGGCGACGGCUCAGGCUGCAGCUGCUGCACAGGCCGCCGCUGUGGCGGGAAACAUUCCUGGUCCGGGCAGCGUCGGAGGCAUCGCUCCUGCAGUCAGUCUGUCUGCGGCGGCCGGGAUCGGCGUGGACGACCUCAGGCGACUGUGCAUCCUGCGGCUCAGCUUCGUGAAGGGCUGGGGGCCGGACUACCCCCGGCAGAGCAUCAAACACACCCCCUGCUGGGUGGAGGUCCACCUGCACCGCGCCCUGCAGCUUCUGGAUGAGGUGUUGCACACUAUGCCACUGGCAGACCCAGGACCUGCUAACUGAAGACCAAGACCACGUUCAGAUUGUGAUCUGGAUUCUGUGAACGUGCACACACACGUUUGUUUCUGCUUCAGGCCAAAUAUGUAAA